CACAAUCGGGAAUACAACAUGGUUCCAUUUAUUCCAUUGUUUACGAAUGGAAAGUUUUUUGUCCAAUCAAGAGACCUGGGGUACGAUUAUGAUUACCUGGCAGAUUCAGGUUCCAUUGAAGACUUCCUGUUGCCCUAUUUGGAGCAAGCAAAGCAAAUCUGGCAGUGGCUUGUUGGAGCGGCAGUGGUCGGAGGUUUGGUCACUGCUGUGAUUGCAACCAUCAUCAGCUUAACGUGUCGGAGAAAACGGAAAAGUAUUACAGAGGAGACCCGGCCACUUCUCAUGGAGGCUGAAGAUUACCAGGCCACUUACCAA